AAGUGAAGAGCACUAGAACUUAUUCCGUUGGUAGCAGAUCAACGAAUGAGAAACAGAGAGAGAGGGAGAGGAGAGGGAGAUUCAUGCUUAUAUGAAGCCAGAAUUUUGUAGACAGAAGAACUUACAAGUUGUGAGAAGUUUAGGGAGAGAGAGCAGAAGAAGAGAGUACUGCAACCAAAGAAUUGCAAACAGCCUCGAAGCUAGUCUAAACUAGUGGGAGGUUGUCUGCAAAAGGCAGGCUAGUUUUUUCAUCAUCAAAGAAAAGAUUUCAACCAAGAAAUUAUUAGGAAACAAAAUUAAUUAACUCAAGUUUUUUUAAUCGAUAUUUUGAAAUGGCAAGAGGAAAGGUUCAGCUGAAGAGGAUCGAAAACCCGGUUCACAGACAGGUGACGUUUUGCAAACGACGUUCUGGACUGCUUAAGAAAGCCAAGGAGUUGUCUGUACUCUGUGAUGCUGAUGUUGGUAUCAUCAUUUUCUCAAGCCAUGGAAAGCUUUACGAGCUUGCUACCAAAGGAACCAUGGAAGAAGUGAUCGAUAGGUAUGCUGAAACAUCACGAGGGGCACAAAUUGCAGAAGGUGUACAAAAACAAAGUCUGGAAUCCGAGGAAGACAUCGCUACGAUGAAGCAAGAAAUUCAACUUCUCCAAAAAGGGCUCAGGUAUAUGUUUGGGGGAGGAGCUGGGAUUAUGGGUUUGGAAGAAUUAGAUGCAUUAGAAAAACAUCUUGAACUUUGGAUACGUAAUAUCCGCUCAACCAAGAUGCAGAUUAUGUUCCAAGAGAUUCAGAUGUUGAAGAAUAAGGAGGGAAUUCUGAAGGCAGCAAAUGAGAUUCUUCAAGAGAAGAUAGAGGAGCAAAAUGUAAUAUUUGACAUGUCUCCGAUAAUGACCGGAUUUCCAUAUCAACUAACAAUACCAAGUGAUACAUUCAACACAUUCUAGUAGAAAAGGGGUCAUUUAAAUCUAAUCAUAGUAGCAGUUGUAGUAAUGGUUAUUGUGUAGCCAAGGAUUAUCUUAAUAUUGGUGUUUCAAGAUAAUUUGUGAUUAAUUAGUUGUGUUGUGUACAGGUAAAUGACCCCUAAUACCUAUAAUAAUCACAACUAUGUUUAUGUUAGUUAAUUUGCUUUGAGAAGUUUGUAACUGCAUGUAUUAUCCAUGUAGGAAUUGCUUGGUGUAUUUGUUUAUGUGUGUUAUUUGCUACAUUAAAACCUUAUUGUUAUAUUAUUAAUUAUUGUAAGUUUGUAUUAA